CCGCAUAGUACCCCAUUGACAGGUGUCUGUUUUUAUUCGCAGUCCCUUUGCGGAGUCGCCCUUCCUCGCAAUACUCGGCCGCGGCAGCAGGAUUGCAGCAAGGAGCCCCCCCCCCUCAGUCGCAGGAGCAUCGCAGAGCAGCUUCGCCUAGACAGCUCCAGCACAGCUCCAGCACAGCUCCGACCGUCGCAGCGGCAGCUCUGCUCGACCUCGCACGCCGACUGUCGCCCCCCUUGUGCGUGACGGCAUCCUGUCAAACAAGUCAGGCCUUGUCGACCAUUCACUGCCGCCGCCUGUAACUUUCCGGAGGCUGAAACGCGCAAGGUCCUUCCUGCGUCCCAGUGGUGCAACUCCAGGACCACACCCACUACCAAGUACUUACCGCAGCUCUGGAAUCUGGAUAUGUAUUCAAGUGUCCGGCCGCUUGCUACCUCGCCAUGACCGCUGCCGACCUCACUGACCUCACUGACCUCACCGACCUCACCGACUUCUCCUCCACUCCUCCUCCUCCUCCCUCCUCCUCCACCUCCCUUGAGGCCCUUCAUGCCGACCACCUCGCCCUCCAACCCAAGGCAAUGACGACCCCAAGCGCCCCUGUCCCAGGGGCCAGCUUGGAAGAAGCAGACUGCUGCAGCCUCUCUCGCCAGACGGGCAACACCAGCGAGGGCAGCCACCACCGCCGUCCCACAACCCCGCGGGCGCAGACCGACCCCUCGCCAGACUCCCUUCCCACCCACCACCCACGACCGCGGAACCGCUCUCCCUACUCACGCUCCCACUUCCGCUCGCACAGCAGCUCCAGCUCGCUCUCCGCUCCCCCAAUGACGCGGGCACACUCCCUACCGACUGUCAUGAGCCCAACCGGCCACCUCGCGCUCUCCCCCUCCCCAACGCCCCUGGCUCGCCCCUCCUCGCCCCUUCGCUCCCCAAAGCGAACGCGCAGCCCCUUCAGAACAGCAGAAGACUCGUUCAUACACUCUGGCGCACCAAGCGUGUGCGACAUAUCAGAGGAUGCCGAAUUGGAACUGACGCCCAAGCCAGGAGGCGCAUUGUCUCACACGACCCCGAUUCAGUCACCCCUGGCCAAUUUCUACAGCAAUUCCAACUCUCUCUCCAGGACUGGUAGGCGAAGGCCCGCCUCGCCCUUGCACCAAGUCUCUGUCCCGUUCGGAACCGCCACCAGCACUCCCGCUAUUAGCACGCCGACGUCCACCCACUCCUCUCCCCUGCUCUCGGCUUCCAAGUUCAACGAACCCUUCCCAGGCAUGAACGCCCACUAUCCGUCUUCACUCACGUCGUCCUCGGUUCCAUCCACUCCGACCUCGAUGCGCUCACGAAGCCCCUCCAUCUCAUCCCUCGAAACGAUUCCAGACACGCCCGACGCAGAGGCAGAGGCAAUCGAGGCAGACCGCAUUGCCCGCCUGAAAGCGGCUGCAGACAGAGAGAAGGAAGGCACAGAUGGCGCGAGGAGAUCCAGCUUGGACGUGCCGGGCGGCAGCGGACGCACCCUUGGAUUCGGCAAGCGGGACUCCAGGAAGAGGUGGAGCGUGUGCGGCGCUGAGAGACGAGGAGAUCUCGACUUAGAGACCAUCUGGGAGGACUGAAAGUGAAAUCUUCCGCCACCAAAAAAUUGGCUGAAGGGGACUGGGUGGUAGGUCAAUUGCAGAAAGACCCGAACCAUCCAAGCCAGGCAUGAAUGGUCUAUGUGUACUUCAUUACCGGAAGAGACUCACGGCAUUCUAAGGCGUUCACGGUACGUAGGCUGCAGCCUUGAUUUAAUGGUGGCUUUUUAUCCGGCUGGCUUGUUCAAUAGGCAUCUGCACCUCAUGGUUUGGUCUUUUCGAUUCUCGGGAUGCGGGUCUUGAAAUGCGGACGAAUGGGCAUGGAGACGUUGGAUUCGCAACAUACAGCAAGCAAAGCACAAAGGCACAAACCACACACAAUGAGAGAUUCACAUCAGCAUGAUACCCUCCUGCGGCACACUACGGGCAUGGAGCAUGGGGUUCUUUUUUUUUCUUUUGGGACGAUCAGCAGACUUAGCAUGGCGGCUUCAGCAAAGGAAGGGUUUUGGAGUAGCUAGCCUUGUACACUGAAAUCAAAG